CUCCGCCCUGUUCUCGUGUUACCAGCCCUCCUGUUUACUGACGGUUGCGCUGCUGGCAUCAGGCACAUGCGGCUUCGCAACAAAAGAUUCCGCCGCUCAUUGGUUAGCGCUUCGCGUGGAGUUGUAACCCGAGAGCCCAAUCGCAUGCUGAUCGCAGCUGGACAUCGCAAAGAAUUCUCGCCCUACUGACACCGGGGGACUUUCAGCUGCCACUUUCCUAUACCGAGUCCGACUCCCUCCAUAUAGAUGGGCUCCAUCCUCAGCAGCGAGUCCAAGUCACGGUCUCUGAGCGAACAAGAGCCCGACCCCAAUUUCGACUGCGCCGUGUGCCUGGAAGUGCUGAACCGGCCGAUGAGGACGCGCUGUGGGCAUGUCUUUUGCCAAACUUGCAUCAAAGCUAGCCUCCGGAAUAAUACGUACGCCUGCCCUUAUUGCCGCACUCACCUGUCAUCGGAAGGAACCCUGGCUGUGGAUAUAAUGAAGAAGAUGAAAACUGUGUUUCAGAAUUGUGAAGAAUGUGAAGAGAAGGUGUGCCUGAGUGAUAUGAGGGCUCAUUUAAACAUGUGCGAGCAAUACAUUACAAAAUACGGUCCCCUGGAGGAACUUGGAAGAACUACAUGCAGAGAUGAAAUAUUUGCAUGUCCGUUUUGUCACCUGGAAUUUGACGAGGAUGGCCUUGUGCAACAUUGCUUUACCUACCACAGCACAGAAAGCAGACUAGUGGUGUGUCCAAUUUGUCGCCUGAUGCCUGGAGGAGACUCAAGUUACACAACCAGCUUUUUGAAGCAUCUUCAUGCAAGACACUCCAUAUAUUAUGAGAAUUACAUAGAUAUCAACAUUGUGGAAGAAGCACUUAUUGAAAGAGUUCUAGACCUUUCGCUGAUACAUUACAUGAGGCAUACAAACAGAUCCUGAUCUCAGCGGAUUAAGCAUGAACAAGACUAAUGUGGAUUCAUAUGCUAAACGAAGGAACCGAUGAUAAACUGUUUGGCCUGCUAAGAAAGUUUGGCCUGCGCAUCAUUAUUUCCUUUUAUCCAAAUUUUUUGGAGAAAAGACAUACAAAUUCAACUCCCCAUGCUUAAACUAUCGAAUAGUUAUACUCAAUAGACAAAUGAGGGUUAACUCAACUGACGGGCACUGAGACCUGAUAUUAUAUAACAACAUUAGCAAGGACUUUAAACAUUUGGUAGGCUAUAGUUUUAUUGCGUUACGUGUGUUUUCUUGGCUUAAUUUGUUAGUGUCCUAAAUAUUUCUUCUUCCGUUUAGUUAACCCAAAUAUCCCUUCACCCUACUGUCCCCUAAUGUCAUUCCUUCACUGGUCUACUUUAUGGGCCUGUAACUUGCAUGACUCUGGAAAGUCUGAGUCUUGUAGUUCUGAAAGCGCCUGUAAGAAAACGUGAUACAGAGAAAGGAGUGAAUGAGGUAUAUGUCUAUGUCUAUGGGACAAAAAGAAAAAAGUCCAGGCAUAGAAAAUAUAAGUAGCACUGUUUAUUGAAAAAGUGUUGUUUGAUAGGUAAACAGGAUUAAGGCCAAUCUCAUGUUUUUUAAAGGCUACACAUAUAGAUUUUCAUUACAAGUUUGUGCUUUCUUAAGUGUCAUGUGAGCACAUAAAGUGAAACCGCUCACUAAUAAAACACAGUGGCACUUGGAGUUUUAUCACUUCUCAGGGAGAACUGUGCCUACUACUCAGCGGCAUAUUCCCUUUCAGCUGACUGGGAAACAUUUGUUCUAUGGAACAUACCUGUCCUGUGCUGCCAUUAAGAAACAAAUCACCCAGCUGUGACCUCAUUGCAUGUGAUUUCCUACAGCUUAUCCAUGGGUGAUAUAUACAUGGUUACAAAUAAUGGACAAUCCACUUCCAUUGAUAUUUUUAGCCUGUGACAUUCAUUCAGGAUAGCAUCAGGUUAGAUGCUGAAAUGCCAGGAGGCAUGCAGGUCUAAUGACCUUGAGUAUUGCAUCAUCUGGCUGGAUUUUGGUUCUAUAGUAGGAUAUACUCUCUCAGCUCUAUAGCUCUGUAUUGUGAUGGUCUGCCAGACCCUAAAGAAGAAUAUUACUUUCUUUUAUUUUACGUUUUUGUUUAGUUUGACAUCCCUAUCCAUUACAAAUCAAGUUGCUUUGCAUGCAGUGAGACUGUUGCACAGAGGUAACUGAACAUUUGUCACUUAGUAUAGGACUGGGACUGAACCUGCUGUAAGUGGAAUUGGCUUCAGCAUAGCUGUUAACAUGGCUGCGGUAACCCAGACCCCAUAGCACUUUCAUAGAAACCAGAAUAUCUAUAAAACUUUUUUUAGUAAAUACGGAGGAAAAGGUAUUUACUGCAUACACAGGCAAUUAUUCAUAUGUCCAAGAUCCAAUUCAUUUCUGUGUGUACACUUUCUGUGGAAGGUAAUGCAAAAAAGAUCUGUGAUCCCUAUGUUACUUGUAUACACACAGGCAUGUAGAGCUGUGGAGAGCAGAAUGCACAUACACUGUUUUAAUCCAGUCGCUGUCUUUAAUGCAUGUAUAACUGCAUUUAUACAGUGUACGUGAGAAUAAUUGUGAUUAUACUCAGGCAUGACCAAGAACCUUGCUGUGAAAAUCCGAUACAUUUGUUCCCACAAUGAUAUUAGAUCAGGUCUGUUUUUCAGGGGACUGCAGCAUCUCGCCCCCCCACUGAAAUUAUUGGGAGCAAUUGGUCCACUAACCAGUUCCAUUUGCCUGAAUCCAUCAUAAUCAGAUCUUAAAUCAGAACUUAACAGGACUGACUGGGAGUCAAAACAGGCCCUGGCAUUUCAAUUACACAGAGGCCCAAACAGCCCCCCACCAGCCCAAUAAAUAGUGAUUGUCUAUGGCAUCUUACAGUUCUGCCAGAGGGCCUGGCAUUUGCCAAAAUCCACAGAUUGCCAGUCUGGGCCUGGAGCUUUAAAUUUGAAGUGAUCAAGAAGGUUAAUCAAAGGGGUCACAAAGUGGAAAAAUAAAGAUUAAUGGAGUAAGAGUCCAUUAAAUUCCCAGUAGUUUCAAUCUAGAUCAGUGAAAAUGGCAUUUGUUUAUGAAUUUAUAAAUCAGAAAAAGUAACAUCAAUAUGAAGUUGGUGUAAGUUUCUUUGUUGCUUGCCUUGGGCCUAAAUUGCCAGCAAUACUGUUUCUCCAAAUUUUGGUGGUAAGAAAAUUAAAUGUUUUUUUGAGGUGAAACUGUAGCUAACGUGGUUUGAGAAUUUGUGUUAUUUUCUGGUGUAAAGGAACAUUUGACUCCACUUUCAUUUGGGGUUAACUCCACCUUUGUUAAUUCUCCUUGUUUUGCUAACAGAAGUGCUAAAACUACACUUGUAUUGUGCUCGACUUCUGCCGUUUAUUGCCAAUCACUUAAUGAGAUCCUUCCUAUGUAUUGAACAGUUUUGUUUUCUGAUCUUAUGUGUUCACUCCAAAAACAAUGAUCUUUUUGUGUACUAUUUUACGUAUAUUAUACAAGAGCAAGUCUGCUGUUGGACAGAGAGGGCAUUUGCCCUGGCCAGAAAAUAUUCUUGAUUUAAGUUCAAAAUGUACGUAAUGCAAGGAAAUGCAGUCUGUGCCAGUUGAACUGUAUUUGGAUUAGAGUAAUAAUUCAGGAAGUGCGGGAAGUCUACAGGUUUGUCGUGUAGAUGGGAUUUUUGUUCCAAUUAGGAACCUCAGCACUGCAUUAUCCAGGACCCUUGUUCACUAACUCUGCCUCUAAUUUAUACAGUAUCGCUAUGUAAAUAAAAUAUGUGUUUGGAUAAUGAGUAGUUGUUUUUUCUAAUUACUAUUACAAUAUUACCCUUGAAUUUAGAUUUCUUAAUAUUUUUUGUAUAGUACUUGAAUAUUUUUACAGUGGGAAAUCCAUAUUCUAAACAUGUUUUGACACAAUAAACAAAGCGUUUGCUUUAGAACUGA